ACUCAAAGAAUAAUUUGGUGUAGGAACGCCAACCAUGUCAUUGGUAUGAUAUAUUUUAUAAAUUAUUCUUUUUUUAUCCAACUUCAUGUCAGUCUUAUCAAAAUUUUCUCUCACUUUAUUCAACUUCACAUUAAUCUUGCUCGAUACAUAAGAAUUACCCCUAGUCGGACAACAACAUCAAAAUUUUCUCUAACCUGACUGUGAGGAGUGAGGACUGAGUAGAGGUUUGAAAAUUUUGGGUGGUUUUGUUUUCGUAUGUUUCCUUUGAAGAUGCAAUUGCUUAUGUCACCCAUUUUUUAAUUUUUUUAAUUUUAUUUUUUUUAUGUCAAAUAUGUGUCACCCAUCAGAUUCAUACUUAGAAGUUAUAACGUACGUCUGCCAUUCCUUUGUUUUCUUGUCAAACCCUAUUUAUUUCUCUUGUUAUAACGGACGUUUGCUUAGCUGAUUCCCAGACCAUAUUGUGCAUAUAUUUUUAUAUAUGUUUUUUUUUUGGUCGAACAAAUUUAUAUUAUAUAUUGACUUGACUCAACUUUUUAAUCAUUCCUGUUGUUAGAUAUUGCUGGGCUGGGCACAGCUCCAGAAACCUAGCUUUCCUUUUUUUUUUUUAUACAAAGUUCAAAAGUACAGAAGAGACCCAGAGAAUGUGUUAACUAGGUAGUUGAUUAGUCAAGAAAAAAUUAUAUCACCAAGAACUUUAAGAUUGAAUUAUAGUAUAUAUAAUUUUUCACAUUUCACCUUUCAUUUUCACCCAAUCAUGAAGUCACCUUGAAACAUAAAAUCACAACCUGCGCUAGACUACAAAGUCUGAAAUUCUCUGUGGAGUAUUUUUUUUCCUUUUUCCAAUUGAAACUCCAAGGACAAAAAAAAAUGAAGUGUCUCCUUGAGCCAGAGAAAAGCUGCCACUAGAAGACACAUAUCAGCAACAGAGUCCAACUGAUCAUCUUUGUAUUCAUAUAUAUUCUCUCAGACCCCAUCUCGUAUAUAUCUAGCUCUCUCUCUCUCUCUCUCUCUCUCUCUAACAUGAAAGAUCAGGCAAUGAAGAGGGUUGAAGGAGAUGAUCACCAUCACCAGAGAUCCUCAUCUCUUAAGAGGUCUCCCUCUUCUUCUGUUGACAAUGGUGAUCAGAAACCCUACACGUCAUCAUUUGAUGAUGGUGAUGGUGCUGGUGUCACUCCUAUGAGAAGCACAGCUCUAGGGAAGCAGCUAGUAGUCCACGGCUAUCCCCACCAUUUUCCGGCCGCGCCCAGUCAUCGUCAGAUGAGCGGCAGCCUGUUGAAAUCAUCCUCGUCAUCAUCGGUUCCGGUGAGACCUUAUGUUCGGUCCAAUAUGCCUCGGCUUCGUUGGACGCCUGAUCUUCACCGCUGUUUUGUUCAUGCAGUUGAAAGGCUUGGAGGAGAUCAAAGAGCCACUCCAAAGAUGGUUUUACCGAUCAUGAAUGUGAAAGGCCUCACUAUAUCGCACGUUAAAAGCCAUCUUCAGAUGUACAGGAGUAUGAAGCAUGAGCAAAGCAUACAAGCAGCUGCUAUGGCAGCAAAGAAGAAUGGUGUUUUGCUGAUCUCUGAGCACUCUAACAACUCAACCUACUUAAAACCAAUCAAUAUCGCUCAACCUGUUUGUCACCAAAAGAACGAUGGGGUGAUAAAAAUGUACAAUUAUGGACCCUGCCAAAGCAAUGAAACUUGUUACAUUGAAGACCUUGCUACCAAGAACACCAGCCCUCUGGCCAAAUGGAAGGAUGAGACGAAGCCAUUAGUACCCUAUCAAGUAUCAACUAAAAGAUACGAGCAGAAACCAAAUUCUUUCAUCAUAUUCAAUGAUCUACUCAAAAGAUGCAGUGAUAAUAUUGGACAAGAGAGCAAUCAUAAACAUUUGGAAGAUUUACGCGGUACAGAAAGUGAAUAUGAUGCAAGAAUGUUUCUAUCACUCAACUCGUCAUCACCAAAAGCGUCCCGUGAACUGUUGAGGCUCAGCAAAGCCUCUGGAAAUUCAGAUGCUAAUGAUGUCUCUCUUGAGCUCACUCUUAACACUUAAAAUCAUCAUGCACAUUUUUAUGCAGACAAUGUGCGAAACUUGAAAGAAAAAAAAAAA